CUGCCUUUGAGGCAGCGGAUCUAGCAUCAGGAUAAACCGAAUACCGAUAGGAUCACCACAUCAUCUACUAAUCGAGUGGAGUCCCCAAGGACAUCAGCAGCAGCACAGGAAGCGAUCCUCCGAAGGUCCUCCUAUGUUCCUACAACAGGGAGGGGGUGGGAAGGGAACCAGACCACAGUCGACACACCAGCAGAACCACAACCACCAAGCCCAGCACCACCAGACGGCGCACUCGCACCACCAUCACCUCCAGCAGCAGCAGCAACAGCAACAGGCAGUUCAACAACAGCAGCAGCAGGUGCGGAGUAGUAUCCUGCACCAGCAGCAACAACAGGAGCAGCAGGCAACCCACGCACUGUUUGUCCCGAACCACAGCGGCCUACACCACCACCAGCAGCAACAGUUGCUGCAACAGCAGCAACACCAGCAGCAGCAGCAGCAUCACCACCUCCAGCAACACAUCCAGCAGCAGCAACAACAACAACAGCAGCAGCAGGUGCAAGCACAGGCCCAGGCUCAGGCCCAGGCCCAAGCGCACCACCAGCCGGUCAUCUUCUACCCGCAGCCGACCUACGCUGCCCACUCCGCGUCGACAAGCAACAAUGCCAGUGGCGGCGGCGGCGCUACCCUCCAACUGAGCGCCGCCGCCAGCAACAACUCGUUGGGACAUCCUCAACCACAUAGCCACCAUGGUGGAGCCAAUGGCGUGGCUCCUGGCGCGAACCUAACCCGUGCGUUAAGCAACCCAACCUUGCCACCCCAUUUUCCGCCGUCAGCUGGUCUGAAUGCGGGUGGUGCGGGGGCCACCUACAUCUCGGCAACCUAUAUACCCUAUAACCCGAAUGGACAGCUCAUGGGCAUGCAGUCGGCGGUGGCCUUUCCCACAAACGGAGCGGCCGGAGCUCCAGGAACCGCCUUCUUUGCGACAGCCCAACCUCAGCCGCAACAGAAACUGCCGCCGAGUGGCCAACAACAAGUACCUGGCGGGGCAGUUGGAGCUGGUCAGGCGCCAGCGAUUACCUACUAUAUGACCACGGCACAGAAUAGCGCCGGUAACAAUGUGGCAAGUGGUGGAAACUCUCACAGAGGCAACAUUCGAGGCGGCCAAAGGGCUGCGGCCACCGCCCCGCACCCCAACUACUAUACCACAUACACCGUAGGUCAGCCAAAUGCCCCACGUCCCGCUCCGGCAACGGUGGCUCCAAUGAUUAACUCGCGCAACGGGACGCUGAACGGAGCGGCGGCCUUCCACAUUCAGCCCAACUUCAUUCCGGGAAUUACUUUGGGACCACCAGCCGGGAUGACGGCUGCUCCCAUACUAACUUCUGCGGGAAUGGCUGCUCCGCCUCCUCAAACGCCGGGGGGUUUGCAUACUUAUGCGGCGCACUUGCAGAGCAGCAGCACCACAGCGUUGCCCAGUGUGCCGAGUGUGGGUGGAGUGCCGCCGGUGGCCACUGGAUUCUCAACCACUUCAUUGCCCACUCCGCCAGUGGUAUCCGCCCAACAACUGGGAGCCAACAACGACAAAAUCAGCCAGCGUAAAUACGCCAUUCCCAUCAUCCAUCCGGACACCAAAGAGGACGUGUUGAAUCCAAAAAGCUCGGUGUUCAUCAAGAAGGACUCGAACUCGACGCUGACACCAAGCACGGCACAGGAUUCUGAUAGCACCAUGUGCCUUUUCCAGGCACCCAUUCUCAUGGACUCCGCCUCGGCAUCGUCCCUUUUGUCUGGGGUCAUGGUGGAUCAGCAGAUGCAGACUGUGAAGUCGGCGUCUUGUCUUGGCCAGUCCAUCUCCUCGGAGAAGUGUCCUGGGUUAGUGUUUGGCGAAGAUGUGGCCGUUCCGGAUGCCGGACAGUCACCUUCACCCGGGGCCACGGAUAAGGAUCAGAUCAGUGUUAUUGUCAAGGAUAUACUACUGGCCCACUCGGGCAACACCGAAGAGCACCUUAGUUUCUUGCAAUACAGCGACGUGGACAAUGUCACGGAGACGCAUGAUAGCCUGCCACUGGUACACUCAGAGUUAAAUCUGCCCGAAGUCAUCGACGCGGGCCAGCAGCCCGUCCUGUUCCAAGAGCAAGCCAAAAAGCAGCGCCCCAAAUCGGCCAACAAGCAAAGCACCGCCACGCCGACAUCCAUAGCGAAUGACGUGGCCGAGGCAGCGGCCAGCGGAUGCCCAGGCAUCUCCAUUUUGUCCAGAAGCCAGCCGAUGCUGACACCAGCAGUACACUCGACACCGCCGCCAGCCUCACGUGUCGCCCAGCAGAAGCCAAGCAAGUCGAUAGCUACCACAGCUGUUCCGGCGCCGUCCAAGCCAGCAGCGAGCUCGCCCAACAGGAAGUCGGGUGUUCCGCCCGCCACCUCGACCACAACUAGUUCGGGGGCCUCUUCGUCGGCAGCCUCCACGCCGACACACACAUCUAGACAGCCGCAGCGGCAGCAGCCAGUCAAUCUCCUGCAGCAGGGGAAGCAGAUCCCAGGAAAACUCUCAGCUGCAGCAUCACCGGCUGCCUCCCGCAUCUCGGCCGCCGUCACCCUGCUUGCCGGCAACACCGCUGCUACCAAUAACACCAACAAGUCGACUAAAAAGCAGCACAAGGCCCAGAAACGAGCGAAGGAGCUGGAGAAAAAAAAACAGAAGUCCUCGAUAACAACCACCACAAGCAGCCAGGGGCAGAACCAGAACAACAAUGGCAAGGGCAAUGGCAACGGCGCGCCAGAGAUCAACUCAAACAACAACGCGGUUACCACAACAUCAACAACCACGGUAGCGGCAACAACCAAACAAGGAACGACUGUAUUCGACGACAAGGCGACGGCGCAACCGACGACUGAUAAGCUUAGUGCAACUAGUAAUAAUCCUAACGUAAGUUCUACUCUAAGAGACAACCCCUUGCUCAAUCCCAAGGAGCACUUGACGAGCAACAACAACAACAAUGACGAGGAUGACAUGGAUGUGGAAGCCAACAGCGAUCCUGAAUCUGACAGCAAAGAGGAUAGCAACAGCAUGGCAAAUAAUCCAGAAGUCAAAUUAGAAAAGCACUUGGCCAACGAUGAGAUUGUAGCCAAGUUCCUGCAGAAGGGCAGCCCCAACACAUCCGCCGCUCCCUCAGAGACCCAACAGCUGCAGUUCCUCAACAGCAGCAGCUCAGUGUGCGAAGAUGAUGAGCCAGUUCCAGUGGGUGCUGGUGGCGUGGGAAAGGUCGAGGAGAAUGCUGUGGUUGAACUCAAGUUUGGGGAUUUCCAUGAGGAGACGCGCCACGAAACAGGUUUCAUAUGCAGCUCCACAUGGUCAAGUUCGACGAUCAGCAAGGCAGCAGAGGAUGAAUCCUCGAUAAGCAGUCGAAGCGCGGAUAAUGUGGACUGCGCUCCCAAGGUUAAUGCACAGAUUUCCAGAGAGAAGAGCGCUGGCAGUAAAAAGGGCUCUCCACUACAUCAGGCAGUCGGAAAAGGUCCGGGAUCACCAAAAGCCAGUCAGCAGAAAAUAGCGCAGUCAAAAAGUCCCAGCCAGAGUCCCGGUCCCAGUCCUCAGGUCCCUAAAAACUUUCGCUACAGCAUCGAAACCUUGCGUGAGCUGUCCAAGCGUAGCGACUCGCGCAAGCCACCCAUGGUGCCCUGCCAGAAGGGCGACUGUAUCUCGCAGCUGUUUGUCUCCCGCCAGCAGCAACCUCAGCAGCACCAUGGCCAUGGUCACGGCCAGCACAUCCAACAGUACCAGCACAUGAACUUCAACGAGUCGAUGGACUAUGUGCCCGGAAAGCGCGGGCGUGGUCAUGGGCCUAACAAGAAGCAUCACGACGGACAUCAGCAGAUGGGCGGGUCCGUUAGCAUGGGCAACAUGGGUGGUGGCGGAGGUGGUGGAUCCAACUCAAAUCAGCGCCACAUGGACAUCAUCCGGGUGCAGUUGUCGCUUAAGGAGGAGAUCAAGCUGUCUGAGUGCGAGAACGCCUGGCAGCCGGGUACCCUGCGCCGUGUUUCCAUGGCCAGUGGUCAGGAUGAAGACGACGACGUCGAGGGCGUGCUGAAGAAGGUGCGCGGUAUUCUCAACAAACUUACGCCCGAUAACUUCGAGGUCCUUCUCAAGGAGAUGUCCAGCAUUAAAAUGGACAAUGAAGCCAAAAUGACAAACGUCAUGCUGCUGAUCUUUGAGAAGACUAUUAGUGAGCCGAACUUUGCGCCCACAUAUGCCCGCUUCUGCAAGGUGCUUUUCCACGAAAUCAAGGCCGAAAACAAGUCACUCUUCACCAGCUCGCUAAUUACACGCAUUCAACACGAAUUUGAGUCGAAUGUGAACGAUGCCAAUGCGAAGGCCAAAAAGCUGCAGCCGACAAUGGAUCGUAUCAGCCAGAGCACGGACCCGGCAAGGAAAGCAGAGUUGCGUGCUGAGAUGGAGGAUCUGGAGUACCAGUUCCGUCGCCGUGCUUGGGGCACUGUUCGUUUCAUUGGCGAGCUCUUCAAGCUCCAGUCGCUAACCAGCGAUCGAGUGCUCAACUGUGUGGAGUCCCUGCUUGAGCACGGAUGCGAGGAAAAGCUGGAGUAUAUGUGUAAACUGCUGACCACUGUGGGUCAUUUGCUGGAGGCCAGCCAACCCGAGCAGUAUCAGUUGAGGGAUCGCAUUGAAAAGAUCUUCCGCCGCAUUCAGGAUAUUAUUAACCGUUCUCGAGGAACGGGCCACCGCCAACAGGCGCAUAUCAAGAUAAGUAGUCGGGUGCGGUUCAUGAUGCAGGAUGUGCUUGAUCUGAGGUUGCGCAACUGGGAUCAGCCGGUCACCCAACAACCUGGUCAGCAAACCGGACGCGGACAGCGCCACAAGCAGCACGACGAUCCCAAGGAUCAGUCGCACCACAGCAGUGGCGGGGGAGGCGGUGGCGGUGGUCGUGGAGGCGGCAUGAACCAACACCAGCAGCCGAUUCACCACCAGCAGCAAAAGCACCACCACCAGCACAGUCACGACGGCGGAAACUAUUUUAUGCAAAAGAUGCCCAACAAACAGCACCAGGAGAACCAGACCCUCAGCAUUGAUCCGAACAAGCUGCGAUUCAGCAGCAGCAGUGCUAGCGACGAUUCACCCGCCAAGCUGGGCAACUCAUCGAACUACCAGUGGCGCAAUGCGGGCAACCGUCCGGUCAGCUCGACGCCCGCAAACUCAUCCAGUGUGCCACCGCCGACGUCCUUGCUAAAACGUCCGGGCCAAAACUACAGAUUCUCGCCGUACCAGCAGCCACCGCCCUUGGGAACAUCCUUGCCCCCAGCCAGUGGAAACAGAAGCCAUGUGGAACACCCAGCAGAUGCCGGCUUCGAUGGCAAGCAAUGCCAAGAGCUCAUUACCAAACUAGUUGAGGAGGCUCUCAACGCGCGUGACUGGCAACCGGAGGUGCUGACCAUUUGGCGCUCGCACAACGGCACGCAACAAUCCAAGAUUCUCCACUAUCUGCUGAUGGACUACCUCCAUAGGGGCACGGUAAAGCGCCAGCAGCGUCAGGCCUGUGCCAACGUCUUUGCUUACCUAAUGGGCAAGGAUGCUGUGGACAAGGAGAUCUUCGGACAAGCGUACUCCAAGUUUGGCGACGACUUCCCUGAUCUGCUGGUGGACGUGCCCAACGGCUGGGGCUAUGUGUUUGAAUUCCUGGGUCCGAUCAUCCAUUCGGGACAGUUGGACCUGAAGGAUGUGUGGCAGCGGCGCUGGCUUGAGAGUCCGAUAUUUACGGAGCGCUUUGUUUACGCCUUCGUCAGUUUUUUCGUGCAGGAAUUUGGAGCCGCCUAUGCCCGCAAGCUGUGGCACAACGACUACAAACUGGACCGAGGACAGUUAUUCUGGAACGAUGUGCGCAAGUAUCGAGAAUUUGUGCAGUCAAACAGCUUUUACUUUCUGGACAACGGACCCGGCCAGGGACAGGGACAUGGCAAAGGGAAAGCGCCCACAACACCACGAUCACCGGUGGAGCAUGUGGAGCGGAUUAGAUACCUGCUGGCACUGUCCUGCGACAUGGCCAUCGACUACAUAAACACCAACGUAGCCAUCAACGACAAAUUUGUGAGGCAGCUCACUAGAUUCCUGUGCUGUGAUUUCGCGCUGACUGUGAUGACAAAUACCCACAACAACAACAAGAGCGGAGGCAACGCAAGGCCGUUGCAGCUAAACACGGAGAGCUUCCGCAGCCGGUGCACACCACUGCUGCGACUUUGCAUCGACGCCCAGGAGGCGCUGGAGAUCGCUUGCAUUGACGAGGCCGUCGACUCGCUGCAGCAGCACUUCAUGGCCGAGUUCGAAGAUGAGAUGGCCGCGGGCGAGACCAUCUGCAGUACGUUCAGUGUACUGUACGAGAGCGAGGUGAUCCCCAAGGAAUCGUUUGACAAGUGGUACAAGUUAGAGAUCGCGCACUCGUCUGCCUACCGACGUCCGUUUAUCGACAAACUGCGUGGCUUUAUCGAGGAGAUGUAGAUAAAGCUCGAUGAUAAAAACCAGCAACCAUCUGAUUGAAACCAAACCAAACACCACAACGAAGCAAACUACCAACUGAAGCAUGCAGCAACAUCGUUUGAAACCCAUCCUCAGACUAGGCGCGGUCGUAGGAGUCCAGUCAUAAACACAACUCAAACGAUCAGUCUAAAAUGUUGCUUGUAAAUCUUGCAACCCACAUUGGGUGACAUAACACACCCUAACACACUUGCAUGUUGUACGAUGAAUAGAUCUGUCAAAACGAAAAUUUCUUGUUUUUCAACACAGAUUUCCUUUGCAAACCAAACCCUUCAAGACACAUUAUCCAUUUUAUUUGUAUCACAACACGUUCCUUAAAACAAAGCUAAGAUGAUUCCCUUUCUAUGACUUGGUCAUAAUUCAAAGCAAAGAUAAACAUAUUUACACAUUAACCGUAUUAAAUAAAUAAAAAGAAAAAAAAAUUGACAAACUA